AUGAAUAAGAACAAUCGAAAUUCGUGGGACGUCCGUCGACCGUCGUUAGACCGUUGGUGGGAAUCGGCCGAAAAUCAAAAUAACGAAAUGCCUGUAGACCAUGUGCCUACUUCACCAAUAGCGAUAAAAAAUACAAAACAAUGGAAUGAUCAAUCUUUGCAGCGUCCCAAAGAAAAUAUUGUUGAAAAAAAACGCAAAGGAUGUUUUGCUAAAAAAUCAAAUUUUUCUGAAAUCUGCAAAAUCAAACCAUGUGUGUGUAUGGAGCUUAAAUUAGUAAUCAGAUCGAACACAAAGAGCUUAACGGAUGGCGUAUGUAGUUUAUACCACAGAUGGCUGUGUGGACCACUGUCUACUGACUUGAAGUUUCACGAUGCGUUGUUAACACUCAUUAGUCUUCUCAAAACAAUCAUAAAAGAUUUAAACGGUACAAACGGCAAGCAUGAUCAACUUGAGUUGUUGGUCAAACGUUAUGAUGAAUGCCGAGGCAAGUAUCAGGUAUUGUUAAUGCAGUUGGACCAAGUUAGUAUGACGAGUCCACCGAUUGAAAAUUGUGUAUGA